GCUUCUGUUAGCGGCAGCGAGUUGUAAUACAUCUUUUAUAUAAAUGGGCGGGUGUCAUAGCAAAAAAACAUCAAGUGCUGUUCCGCCAAGUCCACAUGCCGAGAAAGCUCGGCGACCAGCGUGGCUCGACGAUGCAAAUACACCUGACGGCAAAGUAAGGACAGCAAGCGAACCAGGCAUCUUCCGUGACAGCGCAGAACGUGGAGGCGAGGGGGCACUUUACUCGCCGCGCGGGGGUGGCAGACGACUGUCGGUGGGCCCCGGCGACUCGCCCCCGGACAGCCUCAGCAAGCCGCGUGGGCAACAGCAGCGGGACAGUGCCACUAGCCACCACGCGCCGUGGGCAGGAGCAAAGGGUUUGGUGCCUGGGGAUGACGACGACGGCGACGGCCGCACGGGCGUGCAGACCUUCCUGAGUGGGCCCCUGCUGGCUGCGGGCGGCGGCAGCAGGAUACCCAAGGGGCUGCUGGUGCCGCUCACUGCACGCCGCGGUCAGGCGGGCGGUGGAGACGGCUACAGCCGCACGCAUGAGCUCUCGGCAGCUGUGGACGGCGGACGAGGCAGGCAGCGCCGCACGACGGGUGACUACGGACGUAGCGAUGCAGACGACGACGGCGAUGGCGGUAGCAAUGAGGAGUCCCACAUCCUCGCCUUCAACGCGGCAUCACCAGCAAGGCCGGCGCCGGCAGUCCAAGGCAGUGGCGGGCGCCGCAGCCAUGUGGGGUCAGACAGCGGCGCGACCGGCCAUGGCGGCAGUGGCGGCAGUGGCCGGCGCGGCAACACCGCAGCAGCCCGUGGGGCGCAAGCCGCCUCAUGCGACGGCGGGGUGCCGGCGCCGCCGCCACAGAAGCCGCAGCAGCCGCACAACCGUCACAAAGGGCGGCAGCAGGGCCAGGGCGUGGGCAAUGACAGCCCGUCAUUCCCGCCGCGCCUGGGGCCGCAGCCACAGCCGCCCUCCCAGCAGGUCGCGGGGGCAGGAGCAGGGGCGGGGGCAGGUGGCCGGGGGCGGGGCGGCGCAGGUGCAGGCGGGGCCCGGCGCACCACGGCCGACAGCGGACUGGGGCUCGGCGGUGACAUGGGCCACAGCAGGACAGGCCACAGAGGAGCCGGCGCCGGUUCCCAAGGCGCAACUGGAGGUUUGGGUGCGUCUCCCCCAUCCACGCAUGACAGUAACGACGCCGCGGCAGAGGCAGCAGCCAUCGCCGCGGCGCUCGCCGCUGCCCAGGCUGCCGCCGCGGAAGAAGAGGCGGCAGAGGAGCGCGCACGUGCUGAGGCUGAGGCGGAGGCGCGUGUGCAGGCGGAGCUGGCGGCGGGCAUGGCAUGGGUAAUCAGGCCCGGGCCCCCCAUUGAGUCCACCUACCAGCUGGGCCGGACGCUUGGCAAAGGGAGUUUCGGAGUGGUCCGCGCCGCCACCCACAUCGCCAGCGGUUCGGAGGUGGCCGUCAAGACCAUUAGUAAGAACCUGCUGCGCGCCGGCGACAUCGCGGCACUGAGGCGGGAGGUGGAGAUCCUGCACCACCUCAAGGGCCACCCGCACAUCUCAGAGCUGCUGGGCGUGUUCGAGGAGCCCACGCAGCUGCACCUGGUGCUGGAAAUGUACAAGGGCGGCGACCUGUUUGACGCCAUCAUCAGUGUGGGCCGCCACAGCGAGCGCGCGGCGGCGGACGUGAUGCGCACCGUGCUCACCGCCAUCGCCUACUGCCACGCCAUGGGGGUGGCGCACAGGGACAUCAAGCCCGAGAACUUCAUGUUGUCGGAGGAUCCGCACAGCGCACACGACGACUCGGACGAGGGCCAGGAGGCGGACGAGGACGAGGUGACGGCGCGCGGAGCAGUGGGCAGUCGCCUGAAACUCAUUGAUUUUGGGCUCUCGGUCUUCUGCACCGAUAGCUGCCCCCUGAGUGAGACGGUGGGGACAAGCUACUACGUGGCGCCCGAGGUGCUGGCGGGCUGCUACAGCCGCGCCGCGGACGUGUGGAGCGCGGGGGUCAUACUGCACAUCAUGCUGGCGGGCUAUGCGCCGUUUGACGGGCGCGAUGACGACCACAUCCUGAGAGCCAUUCUCAAGGGGAACCUGGACCUGAAGACCGACCCCAUCUGGCAGAGUAUCUCCCGGGAGGCUGUGUCCGCCCUCACGGCCAUGUUGGAGAAAGAUCCGGCCAAGCGCGCCACUGCCGACCAGCUGCUGGCCAUGCCCUGGUUCGGCCGCACCGCCGCCGCCUGCGCCGCGCCCUCGGCGCCGCUGCCGGGUGUGGUGUCGGAGCGCAUGCGCCGUUUCGCGCGCAUGAACAGCUUUAAGCGGGAGGCGCGGCGUGUGGUGGCUGGGCUGAUGCGGCGGGAGGAGGUGGCGGGGCUGGUGGCGCAGUUCCGGGCGCUGGAUGUGAACGGCGACGGCAAGCUGAGCAUCCAGGAGCUCAAGGAGGGCCUGGCCAAGCAGGAGCUGCGGCUGGGCGGCCCCACCGCCCGGCCGCUCACGGAGCGGGAGGUGGAGCAGCUGCUGGCCAGGUCCGACCUGGACGGCGAUGGCCUGCUGGAUGAGUCCGAGUUCAUUGGCGCCACACUGCCCGCCGCCGCCAUCACACGCAAGGCGCAGCACGCGCUCGCGGCCUCAAAGGCCGCCGCUGCUCCCGCCCGGCGUAAGACCCGGGCCGGCAGCGCGUCCCGCUUGCCCCGCACCGCCAGCGGCGCUGCCCGGGCCGCCGCCGCCGCCUCCCGGCCGGGCAGUGCGGGUGGCGCCACUGCGCUGCUGGCUGCUGCGUUCGCGCACUUCGACACGGACGGCAGCGGCUUCAUCACCGAGGACGAGUUGCGGGCGGCGCUGGCGGCGCACCACCCGGCCGGCGAGGGACCCGACAUCGGGGCCAUCAUGGCGCAGUUCGACAUCGACGGCGACGGCCGCAUUGACUAUGACGAGUUCCUCAAGAUGAUGGUCCAGGCGGACGAGGGCGAGGACGACGAGGCAGGUGGGGAGGCGGAGGUGCUGGAUGUCUCCAGCACACCCCUGCAGCCAGACGACGACGGCGCUGACGCCGAGGGCAGCAGGGAGGCCGCGGCGGCGGAGGCCGCGGCCGAGGCGGCCGACCGCGUGGGUGGCUGCUACGUGGGUGUGCGGCCGCGCAGCGCUCGCCCCGGCAACAACCGCAUCACAGCCGCUGACGUCGCCAGGCUGGCAGCGGCGGCGGCAGGUGAUCCGCGGGCAACGCCGCAGCUGGCAAGCGUGGCAGAGGCCGGCGGUGCGGAGGUGGCGGGGGCGGAGGAGCGGCGGGGUGUCAAGAGCCGCAAGGUCACAAUGGCCUGGGCCCUGGGAGACCAGGUGUUGGACAUGGAGGCGGAGGGCGAGGGCAAAGACACGUUAGGCCGCGCAGGAGCAGCAUCACCGCAGCCGCCCGCAUCCACGUCUACGGACAAGCGCAGUGCUGCCGCAGCCCGCGGCAAGCCGGCCAAUGGGGCGGUGGCGGUGGCGUCGUCACAGCCGCCAGGAGCCAAGCAGGGCCGCGCCGGUGCGCCCAUGUGGAGCGACUCGGACGACUCGGCUGAGGAGGAGGUCCUCUUUGCGGAGGACGGCUUUGGGGGCGAGGACCGCCACAGCCGGCACAGCAGGCCCAGUGGCAAGGCCGCCCGUGGCAGUGCAUCCGCAGUACCAGCAACCGCGGCGCGCCGUGACACAUACCUCAUGACACGCCCAGACCCCGGCCAGGCGAGCGGCGCCCUCAAGCCCUUCACGCCGGCACCCAUGCCGCCUGCAGCCGCCGUCAAGGUGGUAGCAGUUGCGCCCAAGCCGCCGCCAUCAGCAGGGCACGGAGCUGCGGACGGCGGCCCCAGUCGGCCGCCAGCGCUGCAGCUGCCCAGCCAGCCCUCGGGCGGCCCGUCCCGCGCGCGCCCGCAGCAGCAGCAGCAGCAGCAGCAGCAGCAGCAGCCGUCCCAUGUGUCCGGACCCAACGCAAUGCCGCAUGCCGCGUCGCCAGAUGCCGCACAUGAAGCACUGGACCAGCCCAUUGGCGGCGGCCGCGCCGCCAGCAGCAGCGGCAGCGGUGUGGGCUAUUUGUACGCCUCCCGCACGUCGCCGCACGGCACCGGCGCUGCCGCCAGGUCCCCGGCCAGCCCUGCCGGGGGCGGUGCCGGCGGCCUGGCUGCUUCAGCUUUCGGCACCGCGGGGCGGAUGGCGCGCAGCAGCAUGCCAUCCGGCAGCGCUGCCGGCGGCCAGUACGCCUCCGCAGCUGCUGCUGGCGCCGCCCCAGCGGCACACAGCCCCUCCUACACUCGGGCGCACCCGCCUCCGCGGUACCAGGCGCACCCAGGCGGGUCCCGCCACCCCCACGACCCCAUCACCACCAUCUACGGCGGUGACAGCAGCGGCGGCUCCCUGCCGGGCUCUCCCUCCGCCGCCUCUGCGGCAGCCCACCAGCGGCUGCCGGGCGCGCGUGCGUCCGCCGCCGCCGCCGCCGUCUUCGGCAUCUCCUCGUCCAGGGGCGGCAGCAGCGCCUCCGCGCCCAUCGCCAAGCUGACGGCGGCGCACCCGCCACAGCCGGUGCCGGUGGCGCAGGCGGGGCGUGGCAGCGCAGCAGCGGCUGCAGCCAGGGGCCACAUGGGGUCAGGAGCUGGUGGUGCGCACGGGCCUGCAGGCGGCACCGGGUCCCAGCUGUGGACCUCCAGCAGCUCCAGCGCCUCGCCCACAGCCGCGGCCGCCCAUGUGGGUCGUGCGGGCGUCGCGGGCAGCAGCGCCCACGGCGCUCGCUCCAGCGGCAGCGGCGCCCGGGGCCCAGGCGACCACCACGCAGGCGCAGGUGAAGGCGGUCUGGCAUACGGCGGCACACCGGACGGCAGGGCUCCAAACUCUGAGCCGAUACCUUCCCUAGGGUCAAACUCGCGCACGCGGCGCCAGAGUACUGGGAGCGCAUGGCAGCAGCAGGCGCCGGCGCCACCGCAGGCUGCUGCUUCACCGCCUUCCCCGCACCCGCCCUCUGGACGUCUCCAGCACUCCCCGCUGCGCCCCAACCCGCUCUCGCCGCGCGGGCCUCUGGCGGCAGGCCCGGGCGGCGCCUCCGCCGGCGGCGCCGCGGCUCGAGGUGGUGGCGGCGGUGGCCUAGUGUCUCAGCUGCAUCAGCUGCAGCCGCACCCGCCGCUGCUGCUGGAGGAGGAGAUGGCGGCGCCCAGCCCGCACAGCGGCGGCAGCGCGUCCAGCCUGAGGCCCCGCGGCCGCCGCACGUCGCGGCAGGAGAGCGCGGGAGGGGAGCUGCCGGUGGCGGGGGCGAGUGCGGAGCUUUGGCUCAUGAACGGGGGUGCCGGCGCGGCACCGCCGGGGGCUGCGGCCGGCGACACGUGGAUGGUGCUGGAGGAUGCGACAGGGGGCGACCCAGGGGGCGACACGCCCAAUGGCUCGGCGGGGCUGGGCGCGCGCCGCAGCGGGGGUGGGCAACGGGGCCCGGGUCUCGGGGCCCGCCGCUGAGCAGGCGUGUGUCAUGAUGUGGCAGCCUGUGCACGGCUGGUGCAGUGGGCCUCGGGUCUUGUAGUCCGACCCUGUGUCCCUGUGACCUGGGCGUUUGAGGACGUGGGCAAGCAUGGGCAGCGAGCAAAUGCAGCGCCACCCCUACAUGCCAGGGCCUGAGGGCAUGGGACCCGGGUGUGGUUCAAGUGCUCGGCCCCACGGCGUGAUGUCCAGCGCCGUGUGGCCGUGCCACCCCACAACUGUCUCUGAUGUGCAUGCAACAGGUCAUUUGCAGGUGUGGGGAGGCGUGGGACAGAGGGUGCAAGGUAGCAUUCAUGAAUUCAUUGGUAUCGGGGUGGGCAGCGCUGUUAGUGUUAAGUACAGUAAGGCAGAGCGGUGACACCAUGAAAUGUGCUGAUAGUACUGAUGUGCAUGAGGUGUGGGGCUCUAGACGGCCCAGACGAAUGGUGGACGAAGGGUGGGGGGUCCUGGUGGGUUUGCAGUCAUGUGAUACUUGCAUAGCCGCGGGUCGAACGCGCCCAACACCUUUGAACGAUGAUAAGCGUACAAAUUAAAAUAGGUACUUAACAAAUAUACUGCGAGCAAGUCCAACGACACGGCGCGGCCACAACUGACGGGGAGAGCCAAAACAGUUUUCG